AUGUGCUGCUUCUACACAGAGCGUAGUUCUGUCAUAAAUCUAGUAUCUGAAGUGGAUGCGGAUCCAGAGGAAGCACAAUGCGAUCCUUCAAAAGAAGCUAUAUACGUCUUUGAAGAUAUUGUUCGUCAAGCUUCUUAUACAAAUAUCAAACCUGUGGUAACCUCCAUAUUGACACACCUAGAUAAUCACCAGUUAUGGGAUCCGUGUGAUUUUCCUCUGCUCAUUUUUCAAUAUCUUUUGGAUUCACUUAAGACUACUCAAGUUGCUCACAGUCUAGUCAAACAAUUGGUUGCUCAUCUCAGUUCUCAUGAAUCAGACUUCACACUAGCUGAACGCACGAGUUUGGUUCAGGUUAUUGGACUAACUGUCAUCAAUUUAGCAAAGGGUGCAAUCGGACCAGAUGUAUUUCAUAACUUCAAAUCUUUACUUCAAAUUUUAAAGGCUAGUAUUGAUAAAACGCCACAAAUAUCUGAUCAUCCUGAACGAUCAUUGUCAUUCAAUGACUCUAAUCGUAAAUUGACUGGGGAACGUCAAUUUCAAGAAGCAAUUAUUAACACAAUUGCUGAAUUCGCUAAAAAUCUUCCAGAUACCCAGAAAAUUGAAAUAUUGAAGUUUAUAUUGAAUUUUGAACCGAUGGUUAAUUAUCAUCCAGAAUAUGGUGAUCGUCCUAAACCCUUAAUUAUGGUCCUAUUACAAACUAUGCUGACUGUUGCUACUCAAUAUAAGACAGUAGCUAUAUCCAAUGCUCUGAAUUCCGAUUUCUUAAAUCUUUUAUUACGUGGUGUCGCUAUUGAUCCAGAUCCUGUAAUACGCAUAAUUGUACAGAAAAUAUUACAUACGCUGAUUGAUCGGCACGGGAAUACGGAACAACUGUUAACUGUUCGAAUUUACGGUGAAAAUGAGUUACGUAAUUAUUUCAUAUUGGAAAAGCCUGAAAGGCAAGACAUCCUGUUUAUGAAGAAGACGGGUGUAUUAUUUAUUGAAAAUAUUUACCAUCAGUUAUUGGAUCGUAGUAAUAAAGUUGACAAUUUAGAGUAUCUGUCAUGUACUGUUGGUCUUGUCGCCUUAGAAAUGGGUGCAGAACAGGUCAUUACAGAAUUAUUCCGUUUAAUAUUGGCGGUUCAAACUAAAAUUGUUGAUGAAUAUACCUUUAUACCAUUGACACAUCAAUGUGCUUUGCAUGCCCUAUUAGCCAGUACAAUAUCACUACUUGUUCAAUUAAUUAAUCUUCAAUCUCUCAGUGAGCAUAUUUACACGGUUAUCCAACGUAGACGAAAAAUAGCUCCAUGGUUGUUACCUUCUGUUGCGUUCAAUCGAACAAAUACUGUUGACAGCUAUCCAACAGAAUUUGAAACGAAUGAUGAUUUGUUAUUUUCAUCUACUAAAAUUACUGAGUCUUUAUUGAAUGCUGGUUACGAUGUCAGCGUCUUAUCCAUACCUUAUAAUCCGAUAUAUCUGCCAUUAUAUGAUACUGGUCCACGUGAUCCACUUUUUGACAGUGCAGCGAACCCAAGUGUCGGGGUUAUUGAACAUUCAAAUUAUCAAGCUAAUUGUUAUAAUGAGGAUAGUAAUCUAAAUGUUGGCACCUUGAAUCCUGGCAGUGGUCGUAUUAAUUCAAUACAUAUGGAUGGAACAAUGCAAAGUUGCAGAAGUAGUCAAGAUAAUUUACUAAGUGGGUGUUUGAAUGCAAUUGAAUUCAAUGAAAUUUGCGCUCAACAACGAGAAAAAGCACAUUCAGUACGUGCACAUAUGGCUGAAAUUUUUGAUGAUAUCUCCUGCCAAUUGUAUCCACAUGAUGUAAUCAUGAACGGACCGAAGAAAAUUCAAGGACGUGAUAAUAAUCCACUAUUUUUGAAUGAAUCCAGUAAUCAAGUCAAUUCAAGUGUGAAUUCAUCUGUUGGCAAUUUCAUUCGUAGCAGUGUCGGCAGUGGAAUUAAACCGUCUAAAAAAGUCAGUAAAUCUAAUCAACCUAUAUGGGAACGUGAAUUCGGAUCGCUGUUUUUUGUAUGAUUUCAAUUCAAUCGCCACUCUCUUUCUCUCUCCAUCUACAUACCUACCUUCAUUUAUUCAUUAGUCCUUUUCUUUUGUCG